CGGACACGUCGGCGGCGCGGCGGCCGCGGAGACCGGAGCCGGAUGUGCCAAGAUGGCUGCGGCGGCUGCUGUGUCUGCGCUCGUCGCCAGCGCCGGGUGGGAUUUCGCCCGCGGCUCCUGAGGGAUCGGUCUCAGCCGCGCGGGGCGAUCAGGGUGUUGCAACAGAGGCCGAGGGUUAGAAGAGUGUGAGUGAUCCGGCUCGCCCCUUUGUGAUGAAGUGUUACAGUAGAGUCUUCAGAAACAUCAGAGCCAUUUAAAGUCAGUUUUCGCCGCUUAAGAACACUUUUAAAUGACUUCCCCAAUUAAGGAAAAGCUGUAUUCUGCUUCCUUCUGUAAGCAGCAUCGACUUGUGCAAGAGUUCAGUCAUGCAGCCGCCACCCCAGGCGGUCCCAUCUGGCGUGGCUGGGCCACCUCCAGCCGGGAAUCCUCGGAGCGUGUUCUGGGCUAGCAGCCCUUACAGGAGACGGGCCAAUAAUAAUGCACCAGUGGCUCCGAUAACUUGCCCGUUGCAGCCGGUCACGGAUCCAUUUGCUUUUAGUAGACAGGCGCUCCAAAGUAUACCGGCGGGCAGUUCGUCCAAAAGCAGCCUGCCUGUCUUGCAAGGCCCAGCCCCAUCAGGCUUUUCUCAGCACCCCGGUUUGCUUGUGCCUCACACACAUGCCAGAGAUAGCUCUCAGGGACCCUGUGAGCCCCUGCCUGGACCUCUGACACAGCCCAGAGCAGAUGCCAGUCCGUUUUCUGGUGUGUUGACACCUUCAGCACCUCCUGGGCCUGAGAUGAACAGGAGCACAGAGGUCGGUCCCAGUUCAGAGCCUGAAGUUCAGACUCCGCCAUAUCUGCCUCACUACAUUCCAGGAGUGGAUCCUGAACCGUCUCAUGGGGGCCAUUCUCAUGGGAACAUGCCUGGGCUCGACCGACCCCUGAGCAGGCAAAACCCACAUGAUGGUGUGGUCACCCCAGCAGCAUCCCCUUCCUUCCCCCAGCCUCGUCUGCUGAUGGCGGGACAGUGGGGGCCAGUGCAGGGAGGCCCACAGCCCUCGGGGCAACAUCGUUCACCCUGCCCUGAAGGACCUGUUCCCAGCGGGGUGCCCUGUGCCACCAGCGUUCCUCAUUUCCCCACCCCAUCCAUCCUACAUCAGGGCCCUGGUCACGAGCAACACAGCCCUCUGGUGGCUCCCCCAGCAGCCUUGCCCAGUGACGGAAGAGACGAGGUGGGCCACUUGCAAACUGGAAGCCACCUGGCCAAUAACUUUGAUCCUGAAAAUACAUUCAGGCAAAAUCCCAGAAUUGUGAAUCACUGGGCAAGCCCAGAGCUCAGGCAGAAUCCAGGAGUGAAGAAGGAGCACCAGCCCGCCUCUGCUCUUGUGAACCCCCUCGCCCAAGGAGAUAGCCCAGAACACCGCACGCACCAUCCACUGGGGGCCGGGGCCGGGGCUGGCUGUGCUCCGCUGGAAGCGGACUCGGGAGCCUCAGGAGCUCUGGCGAUGUUUUUCCAAGGGGGAGAGACAGAAAAUGAGGAGAAUCUCCCAUCUGAAAAAGCAGGCUCAUCUGGUCAAGCAGACUUUGACGAUUUCUGCUCCAGCCCUGGACUGGGCCAUCCGCCUGCACCUGCACACAUGGGGGCAGGCAGCCUCUGCCAGGCCCUUCUCCCAGGCCCCAGCAAUGAGGCUACUGGUGAUGUAUGGGGUGACGCAGUGGGCACAGGGCUGCCGGAUGCCAGUGGCUCGCAGUAUGAGAAUGUUGAGAACUUAGAAUUUGUUCAGAAUCAAGAAGUUCUGCCAAGUGAGCCCCUCAAUUUGGACCCUUCCUCCCUGAGUGACCAGUUCAGAUAUGGGCCCCUUCCUGGGCCAGCUGUGCCCAGGCAUGGUGCUGUGUGUCACGCCGGAGCCCCUGACGCCACGCUGCACACAGUACACCCUGACAGUGCGUCAUCCAGCUACAGCAGCAGAAGCCACGGAAGGCUCUCAGGCUCAGCCAGGCCCCAGGAGCUGGUUGGCACGUUCAUCCAGCAAGAAGUUGGAAAACCUGAGGAUGAAGCUUCAGGUAGUUUUUUUAAGCAAAUCGAUUCUUCUCCCGUAGGAGGCGAAACAGACGAGACCACUGUGAGCCAGAAUUACCGGGGCAGCGUGUCCCAGCCCUCAACCCCAAGCCCCCCGAAACCUACAGGAAUAUUUCAGACAAGUGCAAAUAGUUCUUUUGAACCGGUAAAAUCCCACUUAGUUGGGGUGAAACCAUUUGAGGCAGAUCGCGCCAACGUGGUUGGUGAAGUAAGGGAGACCUGUGCCCGCCAGAAGCAGUGCAGACCAGCUGCCGCCCUGCCCGAUGCUUCUCCUGGCAACCUGGAGCAGCCACCAGACAACAUGGAGACCCUCUGUGCACCCCAGGUCUGUCCCCUGCCUCUUAACUCCACCACGGAAGCUGGGCACGUGCUUCCACACGCAGGGGCGCCGCCCUUGGAUACUGUGUAUCCGGCACCGGAGAAGAGACCUUUAGCCAGGGCCCAGGGGCCCGUGAAGUGUGAGAGCCCAGCAACGACUCUGUGGGCGCAAAGUGAGCUGCCAGAUUUUGGAGGCAACGUCCUUCUGGCCCCUGCAGCCCCGGCGCUUUAUGUGUCUGCGAAACCUCAGCCACCUGAAGUCGUUCAGCCUCCAGAAGAGGCGAUGUCCGGGCAGCAGUCACGGAAGCCAAGCUCGGCGGCCCCUGUGCAGAGCCGAGAUGGCAUUGGUGCUUCGGAGAAUCUUGAGAAUCCUCCCAAAAUGGGAGAGGAGGAGGCCCUUCAGUCCCAGGCGAGUUCUGGUUAUGCAAGUUUAUUAUCCUCACCGCCCACUGAGUCUCUGCAGAAUCCGCCAGUCUUGAUUGCCCAGCCUGAUCACAGCUAUAAUCUGGCUCAGCCCAUUAACUUUCCUAUGUCCUUAUCGAACUCUAAUGAGAAGAAUCAGUCCUGGAGAGAGGCUUUGGUGGGGGAUAGACCUGCAGUCGGCAGUUGGGCUCUCGGUGGUGAUUCUGGGGAGAACAGUUCUUUGUCUGGGAUUCCAACCGGCUCUGUCCUGAGCUUGUCUCUGCCUAGCAGUGUUGCCCAGAGUAAUUUUCCACAAGGUUCUGGUGCUUCUGAAAUGGUUUCUAAUCAGCCUGCUAAUUUGCUGGUUCAACCACCAUCCCAGCCAGUUCCAGACAAUUUGGUUCCGGAAAGUCAAAAGGAUCGUAAGGCAGGAAGUGCUCUUCCCGGAUUUGCUAAUAGCCCUGCUGGAAGCACAAGUGUGGUGUUAGUUCCACCUGCACACGGCGCCCUGGUGCCUGAUGGUAAUAAGGCAAACCAUUCCAGUCGUCAGGAAGACACUUACGGAGCCCUAGACUUUUCCUUAAGCAGGACUUUGGAAAAUCCUGUAAGCAUGUACAGCCCAUCCCAUUCUGACAGCCUCACUUCUCAGCAAACUGUUGCCAGUCAUCCCAGACAAUCUGGGCCCGGGGCACCUAACCUUGACCGUUUUUAUCAGCAGGUCACGAAAGAUGCCCAGGGCCAGUCUGGCCUCGAAAGAGCCCAGCAGGAGCUGGUGCCACCCCAGCAACAGGCUUCCCCACAAGUACCCAAAGCCACGUUGUCAGAGCUGUCAAAUCCAGAGAGUCUGCCAGCACAGGGACAGGCCCAGAACUCAGCACAGCCACCAGCAAGUCUGGCUCCGGCCGACGCAGGUCAGCAGCUGCCGCCUCGGCCUUCUCAGUCCUCUAGCGCGUCGCUGGUGUCCACCGGCUCCAGCCAGGCAGCGGUGCCAUCAGAGCAGCCAUGGCCACAGCCGGUACCUGCACUUGCCCCCGGCCCACCGCCUCAGGACCUGGCCGCCUACUACUACUACCGGCCUCUGUACGAUGCCUACCAGCCUCAGUACCCCUCGCCAUACCCACCGGAGCCUGGCGCAGCCUCCCUCUAUUACCAGGAUGUCUACGGCCUCUACGAGACUCGAUACAGGCCCUAUGACAGUGCUGCAUCUGCGUACGCCGAGAACUACCGCUACCCCGAGCCCGAGCGGCCCAGCUCCCGAGCCAGCCACUCCUCGGAACGGCCACCUCCCAGGCAAGGGUAUCCUGAAGGAUACUAUAGUUCCAAAAGUGGAUGGAGCAGUCAGAGCGAUUACUAUGCAAGUUAUUACUCCAGCCAGUACGAUUAUGGAGAUCCAGGUCACUGGGAUCGUUACCACUACAGUGCCAGAGUCAGGGACCCCCGCACCUACGACCGGAGGUAUUGGUGUGAUGCAGAGUACGACGUGUACAGGAGAGAGCACUCUGCCUACGGGGACAGGCCCGAGAAACGUGACAACAACUGGAGGUACGACCCUCGCUUCACGGGGAGUUUUGACGAUGACCCCGAUCCCCACAGAGACCCUUACGGGGAAGAGGUGGACAGGCGCAGCGUCCACAGUGAGCACUCGGCACGGAGCCUGCACAGUGCACACAGCCUGGCCAGCCGCCGUAGCAGCCUCAGUUCCCACUCACACCAGAGUCAGAUUUACAGAAGCCACAAUGUGGCUGCCAGUUCCUACGAGGCCCCACUUCCUCCAGGCUCCUUUCACGGGGAUUUCGCCUACGGCACCUACCGCAGCAAUUUCAACAGUGGCCCCGGCUUCCCAGAGUAUGGCUACCCUGCAGACACCGUCUGGCCUGCCAUGGAGCAAGUUUCAUCAAGACCAACUUCUCCUGAAAAAUUUUCAGUGCCUCAUGUCUGUGCCAGGUUUGGCCCUGGCGGUCAGCUUAUCAAAGUGAUUCCCAAUCUGCCUUCAGAAGGACAGCCGGCCUUGGUGGAGGUCCACAGCAUGGAGGCCUUGCUGCAGCACACGUCUGAGCAGGAGGAGAUGCGGGCGUUCCCGGGACCCCUGGCCAAAGACGAUACCCAUAAAGUGGAUGUCAUUAAUUUUGCACAGAACAAAGCUAUAAAAUGUUUGCAGAAUGAAAACUUAAUUGACAAAGAGUCUGCAAGUCUUCUUUGGAAUUUUAUUGUUCUCCUAUGCAGACAGAAUGGGACCGUGGUAGGGACCGACAUUGCGGAGCUUCUCUUACGAGACCACAGAACAGUGUGGCUUCCUGGGAAGUCGCCCAAUGAAGCAAACCUGAUUGAUUUCACGAACGAGGCGGUGGAGCAGGUGGAAGAGGAGGAGUCUGGCGAGGCCCAGCUCUCUUUCCUCACUGGUGGUCCGACGGCUGCUGCCAGCUCUCUUGAGAGAGAGACGGAGCGGUUCAGGGAGCUGUUGCUGUAUGGCCGUAAGAAGGAUGCUUUGGAGUCUGCAAUGAAGAAUGGCCUGUGGGGUCACGCUCUGCUCCUUGCAAGUAAGAUGGACAGCCGGACACACGCCCGAGUCAUGACCAGGUUUGCCAACAGCCUCCCAAUCAACGACCCUCUGCAGACAGUCUACCAGCUCAUGUCCGGGCGGAUGCCCGCCGCGUCUACGUGCUGUGGAGACGAGAAAUGGGGAGACUGGAGGCCGCACCUUGCCAUGGUCUUGUCCAACUUGAACAACAAUAUGGAUGUCGAGUCCAGGACGAUGGCUACCAUGGGCGACACUCUGGCUUCGAAGGGCCUCUUAGACGCGGCCCACUUUUGCUACCUUAUGGCCCAGGUUGGAUUUGGUGUUUAUACGAAGAAAACUACAAAGCUUGUCUUAAUUGGAUCAAAUCACAGUUUGCCAUUCUUAAAGUUCGCAACCAAUGAAGCAAUCCAGAGGACGGAAGCCUAUGAGUACGCCCAGUCCCUGGGUGCCCAGACCUGCCCCCUGCCUAGUUUCCAGGUGUUUAAGUUCAUCUACUCCUGCCGCCUGGCGGAAAUGGGGCUGGCCACGCAAGCCUUCCACUACUGUGAGGCCAUCUCGAAGAGCAUCCUGACGCAGCCGCACCUGUACUCCCCAGUGCUGAUCAGCCAGCUUGUGCAGAUGGCUUCCCAGUUACGACUCUUCGAUCCCCAGCUGAAAGAGAAGCCGGAAGAGGAGUCCUUGGCCGCACCCACGUGGCUGGUUCACCUGCAGCAGGUGGAGCAGCAGAUCAAGGAGGGGGCUGGAGUAUGGCAUCAGGACGGAGCCUUCCCGCAGCAGUGUCCCGGCACGCCGAGCUCCGAGGUGGAGCAGGACGGGGCAGGACUCAGUCAGCCAGCGGCCCUGGGGAUCGCCAACCCGCUGCUGGCCAUGCCUGCGCCGAGCCCUGAGCACUCGAGCCCCAGCGUGCGGCUGCUGCCCUCAGCUCCGCAGACGCUCCCUGACGGCCCGUUGGCCAGUCCUGCCAGGGUGCCAAUGUUCCCAGUGCCCCUGCCCCCGGGGUCCCUGGAGCCGGGUCCUGGCUGUGUGACCCCAGGGUCUGCACUUGGCUUCCCGGAGCCCUCCAGGCCUGAUCCUGCAGCGCUGUGCCCGGGGCCUGGCCUCCCGCCUGGUGUGCCGCCUCUGCAGGAAAGGAGACACUUGCUCCAGGAAGCCAGGAGCCCAGACCCAGGGAUCGUGCCGCCGGAGGCACCUGUUGGAAACUCCCUUUCCGAGCUAAGCGAAGAAAAUUUUGGUGGAAAAUUUGCUACUCUGGCCCCCUCGAGGACGGCGCCAGACUCAGAGGCCCCCCCAGGGUGGGAUCAUGCCGACUCGGGCCCCACGCAGCCACCUCUGUCUCUCCCAUCCGCUCCCGAAACAAAGAGACCCGGACAAGCAGCCAAGAAAGAGACGAAGGAACCUAAGAAGGGUGAAUCCUGGUUCUCUCGUUGGCUACCUGGGAAGAAAAAGACAGAAGCUUAUUUGCCAGAUGACAAGAACAAAUCGAUUGUUUGGGAUGAGAAGAAAAACCAGUGGGUGAAUUUGAAUGAGCCAGAAGAGGAGAAGAAAGCCCCGCCCCCGCCUCCAACCUCGCUGCCCAAGGCUGUGCAGGCUGCGCCGCCGGGUCUCGCAGGGCCUCCUGGAGCCCCGGUGAACAUGUUCUCUAGAAGAGCAGCCGGAAGCAGAGCUCGCUACGUGGAUGUCCUGAACCCGAGUGGGACCCAGCGGAACGAGCCGGCUCUUGCUCCUGCGGACUUUGUCGCUCCACUCGCGCCACUCCCGAUUCCUUCCAACUUGUUUGUGCCGAGCCCAGAUGCAGAAGAACCACAGCCUCCAGACGGGACUGGCAGGGAAGGGCCUGCACCAGCUAGGGGCCUGGCCAAUCUAGAGCCUGCCCCAGAGCCCAAGGUUUUAAGCUCUGCAGCGUCACUCCCUGGCUCUGAACUCCCCUCCUCUAAGCCUGAGGGUUCCCAGGGAGGAGAGCUUUCGCGCUGUAGUUCAAUGAGUUCGUUAUCACGUGAAGUGAGCCAGCAUUUUAAUCAGGCUCCUGGCGACCUCCCUGCUGCAGGCGGCCCUCCCAGCGGGGCCGUGCCCUUCUACAACCCUGCUCAGCUGGCACAGGCCUGCGCCACCUCCGGGAGCUCAAGGCUAGGGAGAAUUGACCAGAGGAAGCACCUGGUGCUGAACUAGGCUUGCCCUGCUGUGAACUUGCACUUGGAGCCCUGACGCUGCUGUUCUCCCCGAAGAGCCCGACCAACCGCCGCGAUCUCCGUCCCGCCCCCAGGGAGACACGGCAGUGACUCAGAGCUGGUCCCACGCUGUGCCUCCCUCCUCACCGCCCAUCAUAAUGAAUUAUUUUGAAAAUUAAUUCCACCAUCCUCUCAGAUACUGGAUGGAAAGACUGAAUCUUUGACUCAGAAUUGUUUGCCGAAAAGAAUGAUGUGACUUUCUUAGUCAUUUAGGAUGAUUUAAGGAUGUAGCAUUCCUGGUCAUUUAAGAAUGUUCAUUCGGCUGGAGCUGUCUCUGCCACAGGAGAGCCACACAGUGGGUAGCAACCAGGGCCUCUCCAAGCCGAGCUGUGAGUCCCUGCCCAGUGAGUCCCGCACUUCCUUUAAGGUGCUGGGAGCAAAGAGUGACUGUCUGAGGCAGACCCCGACCCUGCUCUGCAGCGCCUGGGCCCUCGCCGUGUUUGAACCUGGCCGAAUGCGUGGAGGUCGCUGUGUUCUCAGUCAGCGUCUCUGAGGAGCCUCGGGGUUCCUUCGGCAUUAGUUCAGUUUUUGAGAGAGGCCCUAGUUACUGAAGUGAAUUUCUUUCCUGUAACAAAGAUGUUUCCAGCCUCACUUUACUUUCUGUGGCCUGAUGAGGACCAUGGGUGAUUUUGUGCACCCAAAGCACCAGCGACUGCCCACCGUGUGGCCCAGUCACUGGGAAGGAGCCCCAGGGAGCCGGCUGUCUGACACGAUGGCUCAGGGUGGUCAUCCAGGGUGAAAACCGACGGUGUGAUGUUUGAUUUGGGCUUCAUUUUGCGUGUAGGAGCAUGGUUAGACUCAUUGUGAAGGGGGCUGGAUGCAGUUCUCUAAAAGGCUGCACUUUUCCUGGUGCAAUCCACGUGACCCACUUUCUCACCUGGGGGACAUUGGUUCAGGGGUUGGUAACAUCUUGGGGAGAGUAUCUUAACACAGUUUCUUGACAGCUGCUCUGGAACCUAUUUCUGCCCCAAGUUUUGCCACACUGAGACUUUGAGUAGCUCCUGGUGGACUCAGCCCUGUUGAACUCAGAGAGGGGCCUCCUCUCACUGAUGCAAAGCUUUAAGGCUUCUCUGACUGUUCUGAAAACUCUUCGUAUUCUUGUCAAGUCUAAAGAGACUGAAGAAAAGAUUUAAAUACUAAUAAAAAUCAGUAGAUAAUUUCUGUAGGUUCUGCUGGGGAAACAUAAACUGUUUGGUGUUUAAAUUUAAGUGUAGAAAUUGUAGAAUGCGGAAUUAGCACAGGCCCUUCCUGACUUUCUGUUUCACUUGAUCAUUUAGCCCAGACCACCCAGGAUGUUUUCCAAAAUGUUUCACAGGCGUGUCCCACUGGAUCCAUUUGUCCUUGUCACUUGGAGAAAGGCCAGUCCCUGUGACGGGGCAGCCCUCUCUGUUCCUUGGUCAGCUCCUGUGAUUCCUGGGACCUCUUCCGAUCGGCCCUGCCCGCUGUUCUGGGGUCGACUGCCACGACUUUUGAUUCAAGAAGCUUCCUCCAGGCGGGAGCGGCUAUUUUUCCUAAAUGAGAAUUGUUACAUUGCAAAUUGUUGAAUAAAAUAUUUUGCGCUCCUUCAAGCACCUUCA